AUGCACAGUUGGAUAACUGAACUGAAGAUCAAUUCCAAUCCCUUUGCCAAAGGUUUCAGGGAGAAUGGCAUGAACAGCAAGAAACAAAGAGAUGCAAGGCAAAAGAGGAAAUUAAACCAACCCAACCAAGACGAACCUUUAGACAUAGAAUCAUGUGACCCAUGUGAUUCCACCGAGGUGUUACCACAGCCCAUGGGACUGGAAAGCACCACUCUGUCUCUGUCUGAUUCAGGCUUCUGUUCUGAUGUGCCAUCUUUACCCGAGCAGACAGUACAGCAGCAUAGCUCUGGUCAAGUAUUUCUGAGUUCCCAGAUGAACCAGAUGCCUGAUAUUUCAGAGAUUCCAAAUUCCGUAGAGAACCAACCUCAGUCGACCUCAAAUAAUGAGGUGAACAAUGGAUUACUUGAUGGGUCUAGCCAGAUGAUAGGUCUUUCCUCAUACACCACAUUUGCAGCUCCUUCAAUUACACCCUCAACUCAUCUAUCAGUGCCUCUAUCACAGCCUACAUCCCUCUAUUCAUCUUUGUCCUCCACUCAGAUUGAUCUACCAUCCUCUCAUUCCAAUCCAACAUCUGUGCAAGAUUAUUCUUCCAUAGUUUCAUCUCACUAUCCUACCUUGGAAUCCUCUUCUCCAAUCACCUCUUCCUCUACCUCUCCCCAAGAUUCUACACAUACCUCCAUCUGUCACUCAUCCUCUUCUCCACAAUUGCCUUCUUCCUCCUACCACUCCAUUCUUCCAUCGCAAGAAAACCUAAGCCCUCACACACCUACAAACCCACACUUCCAUUCUCUUCCUCAACCUCCUUGCCAGUCCAUCAACAGUUGUGCUCCUGGUCUUUCUGUUGACACAGCUCAGAGCCAGGCUAUUGGUGGUUUGGCUUCCUCCAAUUCUACCCCCUCUGAUGUCCAAGAGUCCACGCCAACUGCCUUCCCCUUUCCACCAGUUCAAUCCUCCAACAAUCCAGAUUCCACUACUCCCCCAUCCCAAAUCUUAUCCCAAACUGCCUUUCCAUUUCCUCCAGUGGCACAUGCAAAUGGACAUCCAGAUCCAAAUCAAAUCCCAACAACUUUCCCCUUUAAUUCUAUCCCGGAAUCCACCUCCACUCCUCUAAAUACCCCAUCAGAUCAGGAUAGCAACACCACUGCGUUUCCUUUCCCACCGCAGGCUGGCAAUACAAAUUCUUCAACCUCUUUGCCUGUACAAACCCUUGCAUCUUACUCUUUCCUAUCAUCUGCAACUUCUCAUAUGAAUCCUUCAUCGUACCAAAACCCGACAAAUUCAGCAACUGGAUCCUUCACUCAAAUGUCCUCCAAUUCUAUAAAUGGAGCCCGUUCACAAGUCUUUUCCAACCCCACAGUCAAUCAAAUCCCUGCAUCGUCUCUCUCUUCUCUGCCUGCAUCUCUGCCCACACAUGUCAUCCCUGGGUCCAUUUCUAACUCAACUCAAACCUCUCACAUAUCUUAUCCCUUACCCACUUCCAUCCCAUCUCGUCCCUCUCCUCUCCAGAAUGUAGCAGUGCCAACUAUUGGGUCUUCUCAGGUUGUCCAAGCUCUUCCAAAUAUAGCCCAGGUCCAUCCAACUAUGCCUCAGUCAUUCUCAACCUCCACUUUUCCUCAUAUCCCUCCCCAGUGUGCAAACUCUUCUCAAAUCCCACCACAGUCCUUUGCUCCUAUGACAGCUUCUACAGCUGCACUUCUUCCACAUUCAGCCUUACAAAACCACUCCAUCCCACCAGGAUCAACCCAUACACAGUACCCUGCCUCUUCCACUGCAUAUCCUCCAGUAGCUCCAUCAGAGAUAGGGUCCUUUUCUCAGCUCAAUCCAACUGCCCCCUACCUUCCUGAUAUGGUACUGCACUCUUCCCUUCUCCCUUCAUUAGAUAAUACCCUGCCCUCUUCUGCUACUUCGCUCUAUAACCCAUUUCCUUCGUAUCCUCUCCGCCUGUGUCAGGACCCCAGAUCCUCCUUUCAUUUACAGCUCAGACACAUUUACAGGCAGCCCCAACAUGUACAUGCUAACAGCCAGGGGUCCUACUUAGACCAGGGGUCCUACUUAGGAGGAAGGCCUGCAUUUUGA